GCCGCCACGAAGGCCAUGAUGAGGGUCAAUGGGGACGAUGACAGUGUUGCAGCCCUGAGCUUCCUCUAUGAUUACUACAUGGGCCCCAAGGAGAAGCGGAUCCUGUCCUCCAGCACUGGGGGCCGGAACGACCAAGGAAAGAGGUACUACCAUGGCAUGGAAUAUGAGAUGGACCUCGCUCCCCUUGAAAGUCCCACGCAUCUCAUGAAAUUCCUGACAGAGAAUGUGUCUGAAACCCCAGAGUACCCAGAUGUGCUCAAGAAGAAUAACCUGAUGAGCUUGGAGGGGGCCAUGCCCACUCAGGGCAAGGCAGCUCCCCUCCCCACCGGCCCCAGCAAGCUGGAAGCUGGCUCUGUGGACAGUUACCUGCUGCCCACCAGUGAUAUGUAUGAUAACAGCUCCCUCAACUCCUUGUUUGAGAGCAUUCAUGGGGUGCCACCCACACAGCGCUGGCAGCCUGACAGCACCUUCAAAGAUGACCCACAGGAGUCGCUGCUCUUCCCGGAUAUCCUGAAAACGUCUCCAGAACCCCCGUGUCCAGAGGAUUGUCCCAGCCCCAAGAGUGACUUUGAGUACACCCUGGGCUCCCCCAAAGCCAUCCACAUCAAGUCGGGGGAGUCGCCGAUGGCCUACCUCAACAAGGGCCAAUUCUACCCCAUCACCUUGCGGACCCCGGCAGGCGGCAAAGGCCUUGCCUUGUCCUCCAACAAAGUCAAGAGCGUGGUGAUGGUUGUCUUCGACAACGAGAAGGUGCCCGUGGAACAGCUGCGUUUCUGGAAGCAUUGGCAUUCCCGGCAACCCACUGCCAAGCAGCGCGUCAUCGAUGUGGCUGACUGCAAAGAAAACUUCAACACCGUGCAGCACAUCGAGGAGGUGGCCUACAACGCCCUGUCCUUCGUGUGGAAUGUCAAUGAGGAGGCCAAGGUCUUCAUCGGCGUCAACUGCCUCAGCACAGACUUCUCCUCGCAGAAGGGGGUGAAGGGAGUCCCCUUGAACCUGCAGAUCGAUACCUACGACUGCGGCUCAGGCGCUGAGCGCCUGGUGCACCGAGCCGUCUGCCAGAUCAAGAUCUUUUGUGACAAGGGAGCAGAAAGGAAAAUGCGGGAUGAUGAGCGGAAGCAGUUCCGGAGGAAGGUCAAGUGCCCCGACUCCAGCAGCAGUGGCAUCAAGGGCUGCCUGCUGUCCGGCUUCAGGGGCAACGAGACCACGUACCUGCGGCCCGAGACUGACCUGGAGACCCCGCCGGUGCUCUUCAUCCCCAACGUGCAUUUCUCUGGCCUGCAGCGUCCUGGAGGGGCCGUGCCCUCGGCGGGUCAGAGCAGCUCCAACAGGCUGCCUCUGAAACGCACCUGCUCACCCUUCACGGAGGAAUUUGAGCCUCUGCCCUCCAAAAAGGCCAAGGAAGACGAUCUUCAGAGAGUUCUGUUGUAUGUGCGGAGGGAGACCGAGGAGGUGUUUGAUGCUCUCAUGUUGAAGACCCCAGACCUGAAGGGGCUGAGGAAUGCGAUCUCUGAGAAGUAUGGCUUCCCUGAAGAGAACAUUUACAAAGUCUACAAGAAAUGUAAGCGGGGAAUCUUGGUCAACAUGGACAACAACAUCAUUCAGCACUACAGCAAUCACGUCGCCUUCCUACUGGACAUGGGGGAGCUUGAUGGCAAGAUUCAGAUCAUCCUCAAGGAGCUGUAAGGCCCAAGCAUCCACCCCCCUCGGACCCCUUGGGGUAGGGG